CAGCUACUUAUUAUUUAUAAGUGAUAAUAUUUUAAGCUCGUCUCCAGCCAAACAAAACUUGUGUUUCCAAACACAUGUUCGUCAGCUGUUGGUCAGCGUCACAAAACGGCAAAAAGUAAAAGGAAAAAAGCAUAUGUGGAGCGUGACAAGACCGGACUGGCUUGUGUGCCCGAGUGCGAGAAAAGAGGAAGGAGUAUUCGUAGUGUCACAGUGUAAAAGAUGAGGCGGAAGCAGACAGGAAAGACGCCACAUUCGUCUGGGUUCCGGACGAAGAUCCAGGAGCGGAAGAGACUAAGGAAGCUUCAACGCAAGCAGAAAAAGAUUAACCGAGCUUCUUUUUCUAGUCGUUUUAGUAAUAAAAUCUUCCCCACUGAAGGAAACUUUCAAACAAAGAUUCAGAAACUACAAGAAUAUGCUCGAGCAGAGACAAGCAAAUUAAAAAGAGUGAAAAACAGGGCUCAAAAUAUGGACUCCAAUACUGUUAGACAAGAGAAGGAGGAUGAGCCAAUAUUACCAAUAAGUGAAAAUGAGCAAACAGAAGGGUUAAAAUUGUCAUCGUCUAGUAGUGACCGUAUGGCUUUACUGCAAGAAUACGUAAAACAGGAAGCUGGAAUUACGAACAGUGGUAGCACAAACGAAAGGGAAGAUUGUACUAAAGCAAUUGCAGGCCAUUCACAGUCUCAAGAGAAAAACUUAAUCAAAGACAAACGAAAACUUAAGAGUUUAAGAAAAGAUCAAGAAAUGGAUAUGAAGGAAAUAAACAAGAUGGCAAAGCUUUUGGGGUUCAAGAAACCUCAUCAAAAGAAAAAAGUUGCACCAAUAUUUGCUGAUGAGUUUGGAAGCCUCUUGGAUGAUAUCGAGGAAGGUACGAUGAACAAUGCUGCCAUGUACAAGAAAGAGGAUGUCACUUAUGACAGUGAUGAAGAAUUUGAGAAAGAUAUGGCUACUGUCCUUGGCAAAAAUGAAGAGGAACAGGAAGAGGAAAUUAAUGGUAAAAAAGCAGAUGCACAGAAAGAACUCUCAAAAAAUGAUUGUCAGGCCAUAGAGAAUAGAGUUAAAAGUGAAGAAAAUGAAGUUUUUGGCGAAAAUGAUAAUAUGGAUGACUCAAACAAUUUAAGCAAGAAAGAGGGAUCAGUUGAUGAAGGGCGUGAGCAUAAUGAUGACUUGGAUAGUGAAGAUGAUGACUUGGAAAAUGGUGAAUAUGAUAGUGCAAGAAACUCAGAUGAUUUAAGUGAAAACGAGCGAACAGUUAAUGACGGUAGUGAGGAUGAAAAUGACUUGGAUGGUCAAGAAGAGGACUCGGUAAAUGGUGAAGAAGAGGGCUUAGAAAAUGGUGAAGAAGAGGGCUCAGAAAAUGGUGAAGAAGAGGGCUCAGAAAAUGGUGACGAGGGCUCAGAAAAUGGUGAAGAAGAGGGCUCAGAAAAUGGUGAAUAUUAUAGUGCAAGAAGCUCUGAUGAUUUAAGCGAGAAAGAAGAAUUGGAUAAUGAAGGUAGUGAGAAUGAAAAUGACUUUGAUGGUGAUGAAGAUGAUUUAGAAAAUGGUACAAUUUCAGAUGACAUGAGUGAUAAUGACAAUAGUGAUGGUUUUGCAAGGGAAAAACAUGAUAGUUUUCUGGAUCUAGAUGCUGUAGAAUCUGACAGGGAAGAGAGUGACAGUGACAAGGAACUUUUUCAUGACUUUAGAGAUGACCCAGAAUUGGCCUUUGAGGCAGGCUGUGGCUAUUACAGUAAACCUGAGAUUUUAAAAAAUGGCCAAGAGAAUGACAUUGACAGAUACUCUAGCAACAGUGAUGAUGAUGAAGAUCUUGACGGUUUUGUGGUAGGAGAUGACGAGGUGGAGUAUAGUAGCAGGAGUGAUGAGCUUCCGAGUGAAUUCAGCGAUUCAUCGCCCAUAAAGAGAAAGGGGAUGGUUAUAGCUAGUGACGACAGUGGUAGCGACAACAUUGAUGGUAGUGGUGCUAAUAAAAGUGGAGAGGAGUCUACAAGUGUUGAUGAAAAUGUGGGUCUUAUUCCAGGGAGAAAAAAAAAUAAAUCAAAGAAAAACAAAAAGAAAAUGCGAUUUAUUUUACCAGAGGUUACUGAAGACGAAUCAGAAGCUGGCUCAGCAAGCAAGGAAAAUCGAGAAUGUGACUUAAGUGAUUCCUCCCUUACAAAGGGAGAGGUGAGUGCUGAUGAUGGUGAUAUCAGUAAAGAUGGUAAUGAGUCUCUUAUCCUCUGGACACAAAAAGACAAAUCAAAGGUCACCAAAAGCAGGAAACUCAAAAAAAGAACAAAGAAAACAAUUGGUGAGGUUGAAAAUACCAUCACUCCUGAGGACAAAGAUUCUUAUCCCGUUGCUAGUACAAGUCAGUUACUCAGAAAAGCAAAAAAGAGAAAGCAAAGAGCUCUGCAGACGUCCAGUGAUGAGGAUGACGACAUUUGUGCCCAGGAUCGGAGGAGAAAAAAAAUAAAAAAGCGUAUACCUGACAAUGGUUUGGCAGACACUAUUGUCAACAAAUUUGAGAGUAAACCAAUCAAAACAGUAUUAGAGAAGCAAAAAAGUCAUAAUCCAGACAACCCAUCAGCAAGUAACAAAAGGAAGAAAAGGAAAUUUAACUUGCCAGCCGUUACCGAAUCGGAAGCCGAUUCGGAAAACAGAGCACGUGGUGAGAAAAAUCCAAAAACGCACUCCGAAAAUAUAUCUCGCAUGACGUCCCCGUGCAAGAGCGACUCGCAUGAAGACACUGAUGAUGAUUCCCUAAGCACUGGCCAGUUUAGUGAAGAUGAAGAUGUUGGUGAAGAUCAACAUAAUGCUGAAUUUGGUAAAGAUGAAGUUGGUGCUGAAUUCAAUGAAGAUGACAUAAUUACAGGAUUUAGCGAAGAUGAUAAUGAAGAUAAUGCACAAUUUAGUGAAGAUAAUGAUGAAGAUAAUGUAGAGUUUAGUGAAGAUAAUGGUGAAGAUGAUGCAAAAUUUAGUGAAGAUGAUGCAAAAUUUAGUGAAAAUAAUGGUGAAGAUGAUGCACAAUUUAGUGAAGAUAAUGGUGAAAAUGAUGCAAAAUUUAGUGAAGAUAAUGGUGAAGAUGAUGCAAAAUUUAGUGAAAAUAAUGGUGAAGAUGAUGCACAAUUUAGUGAAGAUAAUGGUGAAGAUGAUGCACAAUUUAGUGAAGAUAAUGGUGAAGAUGAGGCACAAUUUAGUGAAGAUAAUGGUGAAGAUGAUGCACAAUUUAGUGAAGAUAAUGGUAAAGAUGAUGCACAAUUUAGUGAAGAUAAUGGUGAAGAUGAAGGUAAUGCAGAAUUUAGAGAUAAUGGAAGCAAAGACACUGACCAGCAUCAGGAGGAAGUUUAUUUGACGGAAGAUAUUUAUGGUCGUUUGCGAGACAAGGAUGGCAAUGUAGUGCAUGAUCAAAAUAAGGAUGCUGGCGGCAAUGGUAAAUAUGUUCCGCCGGCUCUUCGUAAGCUCAUGGCUCUCGACACUGAUGAGAAAAAGAAAGAACAGCUUGCCAACAUAAAGAAAGCACUGAAGGGACUCCUGAACCGUUUGGCGGAAAGUAAUAUGGCCGGGAUCGCCAGCCAAAUAGAAGGAAUGUAUAUCAAGUACAGCCGCAAAGACAUGAGUGACACGCUGACAGACCUAUUAUUUGAAGCGCUUGUGGCACCAUCGCUGACUCCUGAAAGGCUGGUGCAAGAGCAUGCUAUGCUUGUGGCAGUACUCUCUGUUAACGUGGGUUCUGAGGUAGGAGCUCACAUCUUGAAUGAGUUUGUUAUAAGGUGGCAUGAUGAUAUGCAAAGGCUGGUACCCGGCGACAGCAUCGGAACAAAGGAAUUGGACAACGUGCUUCUCGUUAUAGCCAACCUCUACAACUUUCGAGUGGUGGAUGCUCUACUUAUAUAUGACAUUCUUCAUAAACUUGCUCUUGGUUUUUCAGACAAAGAGGUGGAGCUCAUUUUGCUGGUGCUUCGCAGUGUGGGAUUUACACUACGAAAAGAUGACCCUCUGGCCCUAAAGUCUCUCAUUACCAAAAUUCAAACUCGCGCGUCUGCAGCACAAGAAAUAAAUGAAGCCGACAGUGAAGAAAGUUCAGGAUACUCACGGGUGUGCUUUAUGUUGGAGGUGUUAAAGGCUAUUCGAAACAACAACAUGGCUAAGGUCCCCAACUAUGACCCUUCACAUGUUGAGCAUCUUAAAAAGGUCCUUAGAGGGCUGGUACGGAAGGGAACCCAAGCAGCAGCCCUUAAUGUAUCCCUGGAAGAUCUUUUAAAGGCCCGAGAGUGCGGGCGUUGGUGGAUUGUGGGUUCUGCUUGGUCUGGAGAUUUGCCUGGAGAAAAGCCACCUCCAGAUCACAAGUCUCUCAAAAAUGUAAGUCAAAACAUUGGCUUGGAAAGUGAAUUCAGUGAACAGUUCAAGGAGAAGGCUGCCAAACUCCAGCUGUCACGCCCUCCUAGAAUAAACAUACUGUACAUUAUCACUGAAGGUUCGGAAGAUUAUCUUGAUGCAUUUGAGAAACUACUUCAGCUGAGCCUACCUCAUCAACAAGAACGAGAACUCUUUAGUGUCAUAUUACUGUGCUCUCAGAAGAGUAAAGAAUAUAACCCAUUCUUUGCCCAUCUUGGGGACAGAAUGUGCAAAUUUGACAAGAAGUAUAAAAGACUUUUACAAUUUGCCCUUUGGGAUAAGUUUUCAGAAAUUGAAUCUAUGAAACCAAGAGAAGUUGCAAAUUUAGCCAAAUUUACCUCUCAUUUAAUAGGGGAGGAUAGUGUAAGUUUAUCAGUAUUAAAAAAUGUAUCUUUCAUGGAAGUUGAAAGUCAAAUGAUUAGCUUUUUGAGACAAACUUUAAUUGCCGUUCUCCUCCACCCGACUGGUGCAGAUGCGGUGGAACGCAUCUUCUCUGUUCUUUGUGCAUCUCCCAAACUCCAAAUCCUUCGCCAAAGCCUCAGAAUAUUUAUUGUCAAGUUUCUGAAUUCGAAAAAGAAAAGAGAAAAUGCUAACCAUCAGAUGCUAUCCAAAAGAAUUCAAGAUGUAAUAGAAAUCUUAAGUCGGGGAGGAGGAGUGAGGCUGUAACCCCCAUGGAACUUCGAGCAGCUUAAUAAAUGUGAAUCAGCAAGAGUAGAAUAAUAGGGUUACCUUACCUUGAGGUUACCUUGAGGUGCUUCCGGGGCUUAGCGUCCCCGCGGCCCGUUCGUCGACCAGGCCUCCUGGUUGCCAGACUGAUCAACCAGGCUGUUGGACGCGGCUGCUCGCAGCCUGACGUAUGAGUCACAGCCUGGUUGAUCAGGUAUCCUUUGAAGGUGCUUAUCCAGUUCUCUCUUGAACACUGUGAGGGGUCGGCCAGUUAUGCCCCUAUGCUCUAUGUUACAGAGACUAUUUAAAUUUAUAAUUUUGAAAAUGCCAGGGAGCUAUGUUUUUAUUUGAAAUAAAUGUUUUGAUUAAUUUUUUUUUUAAUGACUGGACAAAAAUUGGUGGUUGACUUUGGUUGGCUCGUUUCAGUACUAUUUAGUAUUUCUGUUGGGGAAAAGCGGAUUUGUAACUCAUCCCUUGUGCUUUGAGUACUAUUGAUCCUUCAGUAGUUUUUAUUGUUUUUUCCUUGUGCCUUUUGCCUUUGGCAUUUUUAAUUUUUUUGUAUUUUAACUUUUCUGCCUUUUCUUGUUGCCUCAUAUGUUCUAUUAUCUUACUAAGGACAGUUCCUCAUUUUAUGCCCAUUUUGCUUCCUUGUGUAAGAAUGGGACAAGCACUCCAUUGAUGCAAGUCAAACCAACAUGGAGAAUGCUAAUGGGAAAGGGUUCACAAGCUUUUAUUAAUUUUAAAAACUUGAAAGGUCCAGUAUUUUAAAUGACCAAGGAAGAUUUCCCUUUGUCAUCAUCUCUUCUAUCAAGGAAGGUUGCCUGGAGAAAGUGUAUGCAAAAUAUAUACAUAUACUGAACAGAUAUAAUAGAAAAUAGUUUAGGUAUGAUAGAAACACAGUUACAUGUUUACAUUUUGUCAUCAUAAAUAGUGCUUCAACAAUCAAUUGACUAAAUAGUGAGGCAUACAAUGAAAUCACAAUUAAGUGACCUAUCUGCAAGAAAGUAUUGAAACAGUUCAAUGGGAUUGAACUUUCACGACUGGUUUAUACUGUACUGUACUAUAUAAAAGUGCACAGUGUAGAAUCUAGUUUGGAUCCAAGCUCUCGAUGAAAAUUUUUUUCUGCAUAACACCAGUGUCAUUUUAUAGACUUGAGUUAUAAACUAUAUUUUAACAUGUUUGUUUUGAAUUUAAUGGACACUUGUGGUUUUGAAUGUACUGUAAUGAAUAAAUUGUUGUGCAUCUUUAAUACAA